GCCUCUGACGUGUCGGGGAGGAGGCGGGCGCGGAGGUGCGCGGAGUGGAGCUCAAGGCUGCGGAGGGGAGAGGAGCUGAGCGGCUGGGCGGGCCUGGCCAGGCCAGCGGAGAGGAGACUGCGGUCGAGCGGUGGCGAAUAUGCUCUUUUGACAUAUUGGAGGCUUUCUUGAUCAUGGAUGGUGAAGAUAUACCAGAUUUUUCAAGUUUAAAGGAGGAAACUGCUUAUUGGAAGGAACUUUCCUUGAAGUAUAAACAAAGCUUCCAGGAAGCUCGGGAUGAGCUAGUUGAAUUCCAGGAAGGAAGCAGAGAAUUAGAAGCAGAGUUGGAGGCACAGUUAGUACAGGCUGAACAAAGAAAUAGAGACUUGCAAGCUGAUAACCAAAGACUGAAGUAUGAAGUGGAAGCAUUAAAGGAGAAACUGGAGCAUCAGUAUGCACAGAGCUACAAGCAGGUCUCAGUAUUAGAAGAUGAUCUAAGUCAGACCCGGGCCAUUAAGGAGCAGCUACAUAAGUACGUGAGGGAGCUGGAGCAGGCCAACGACGACCUGGAGCGGGCAAAGCGGGCAACAAUAGUUUCGCUGGAAGACUUUGAACAAAGGCUAAAUCAAGCCAUUGAACGAAAUGCAUUUUUAGAAAGUGAACUUGAUGAAAAGGAAUCUUUGUUGGUCUCUGUACAGAGGUUAAAGGAUGAAGCAAGAGAUUUAAGACAAGAACUAGCUGUUCGGGAGAGACAGCAGGAAGUAACGAGAAAGUCGGCUCCCAGUUCUCCAACUCUAGACUGUGAAAAGAUGGAUUCUGCUGUCCAAGCAUCACUUUCUUUGCCAGCUACUCCUGUUGGCAAAGGAACAGAGAACAGCUUUCCUUCACCAAAAGCUAUACCAAACGGCUUUGGUACCAGUCCACUGACUCCUUCAGCUAGGAUAUCAGCACUAAACAUCGUGGGGGACCUCUUACGGAAAGUAGGGGCUUUAGAAUCCAAAUUAGCAGCUUGCAGGAAUUUUGCAAAGGACCAAGCAUCACGAAAAUCCUAUAUUUCAGGGAAUGUUAACUGUGGGGUGAUGAAUAGCAACGGCACGAAGUUCUCUCGAUCAGGGCACACGUCUUUCUUCGACAAAGGGCAAGAAAAAGUUAUAUUUCCCACGUUGUUCAUGGUCCUGUGUUGUCCACUGGGACAUUGCCCUUCGGCUCUUUUGCUGCUCUCUAAAACCAAAUGUGGUGAGUAUGGAGAUGUUUCUUUUCUUGGAAACCUUUCCUCAUUGCACAGCUUUGCGGUUCCCUCAAGGGACCUCCCCAGACUGAUAAUUCUGCCUCUAGGUUCAGCUUUCUCCUUCCUCCUGGUCUUUUACUUACUGAUUCUUGACUCCAAGAGGGGAGCGAGGUAAGACCCUGGGGGAUUGUUAUUCUCUCUCUCUCUCCCAUAGAACUUUCAGAUCCAGAAUUCCCAUUUCUGUCCACACAGAGAAGCUACGUUAUCUAGUUUCUUGUUUUCCCUUUAUAUUUUGGAUCACACUGCUUAGUUUUCCCAUUAGAGCAACCUGCAGUGGGAGCACCAACGUGCUUGUUCACUGGAGCCUGUCAGGUGUCCCUGGGCCAGGAGGAAACUGAGAAAGGAUAAUGGCCUGGGCAUCUGGAGGCAGGUUGUGGGCCCAGCUCCCCAUUGACAAGCUCACAGGGUGCACUCAGGUGAAUGGCUGGACCUUCUCCUGCUUUUGUUUCCUUGGCAGUAUAACAAUGGGGAUGAACUUAACAUUCCUUAAAGGUCCAUUCCUGAAGAUGCAGGAAUCUCAGUCCUAAGCCUGCACGUGGAGCCAUCCUCACAUUUGCUGCUUUUGCACGCCUGUGGGACAGGCGCCAGGUUCUUCUUGGCACCCAGCAGUGCUCCCUUUCUGCCGAGUUUUGGGGACUGUCUGUAGCCCUGCCUUCUGCCAUGCUCUGUGCAGCUCGGAAUCUGAUGUCCACACGUGUAAAGCUGCAGCUGUUUGUGAGGCCUGCCUAGUUAGUUCUCCCUGAGGUUCUAGGAGAGGCAGGCAUCAGGGCUCUGGGACCAGGCAGACAAAUGACAGACAAAUGGCUUAUUAUGUGAGGGCUACAAUGGCAUGUGGAUGUGGGCUCUGUCCCCAGAAGAGGUAAAGGCAUACAGCCUUGGAGGAUGGGGAGGGAUGAGUUAAAGUUUUCAGAUGUGAUGAAGCUCAAAUAUCAGACCUCCCCAGCCCAAAGAGAAAAGAGAAAAUCUUGAGUGUGCAUCACUGAGGUGGAAAAUGGACAACAGGGAGAGAUUGCACUGGUCAGAGCCCCUUCUGUUGCUCUUGGCCUGUGCGGGUAGCAUGAUUUCCAACUCAAAAUCUAUACGCAGGUUAGUUUCUUCAGAUGUUAACUGUUCUUCAAAGUAGUCAAGGGUCAUUAGUCAAGUCUCUUUGCAUGCCUGUUUCUCCAGGAGGUUGCCCUCACCUCUUCAGUGUAUGAAACUGUCAUCUUGAUCUUGGUGGGGAAUGUGUCUGUGUUUUGCUUUUUUAAGAGAACCUCUGUCCAUGAGUCUGUAUUCAACUCCCUGGGCCCCUCUGAUGAGUAGGCCGGUGGGGACAGUGGUGGGUACGUGUGGGGCAGUCUGGCCCCUUGCACUUGGUGGCAUCUCCCAAGUUGUGAGUGCGACACAUUUUCCUAGGAAGUUUGUCAGUGUGGAAGGGCUGCAGUGGUGUCCUGAGAGGGGCUGCAGGCCUUGCACUCAUUCCCUCAUUGCUUCCUGAGGCUGUGCUGCUGGGCGCUGGGGCUGGGGCGGGGCUGGGUCCUGGCUGCAGGUGCUUGCGCUGGGUGGGGCUGGUGUCUCACAAGGUGGCAGAGAAGCCUACCCAUCUGUCUUUGCUUGCUGAACAAUUUAAAAAAGUUAUUUUUCUCCCCCUUAUUUAAGAUGUUCCUGUACAUUGUAGGAGAUUUGGAAAACAACAGAAAAGUAUAAAGUAGUAAAUAAAAUUUACCCACAACUCAGAGGGAAGAAGAGUAACUAUUGUUCCAUUUUCCUUCUGUAGUAUAUGUGGGGGUGCGUGUGUGUGUCCACACGUUCUAGAUUUAGCUCUGGGUGGUAAUGUCUAGCUGUGUAAGGGGCUGUAGUCCAGAAUAUAUACUACUCACUGUUUUGCCUUCAUAUUAUGGAGCAUAUCCAGUUUGGUAACCUGAUGCUUUUUCCACCUAGCGUUAAUUACAUUCGGAAUAUUUUUCCGUGCUGUUAAGAACCCUGGAAUGUGUUUUUAAUGGCUGUAUGAUAUUUCAUUGUUGGUUUGUACCCUUAUUUAUUUAGGUAGUUCCCUACUGGUAGACGUUUAACCUGCUCUGUUGGGAAAUCAAUCAGGGCUGUGGCUGCCACGGCCAGUGUGAUGAAGUUGCCGAGAAGGGAGCAGUAGUGUCAUCACCCCCAGGACCACAGGCUUCUCAAGUCUCUCACCAGCUCAUGCUCUCUAGGCAGCUCUCUCCCCUGGGCCAUCAGGAUUCUGCUCUAGGCCGGGAAGAGGAAUAGUUGUAGAGAGCAAAUGAAUUUCGCUGUGUGUCGAGUGAUUUUAAAUGACAGUCUCUCUUUCUCUUCCCUUCCUUCUCUGCUCUGGCCACCCCCACAGGGCAGUAAACGGCUUUGACCCGGCUUCUCCUCCUCCCGGUCUGGGCUCCUCGCGCCCGUCGUCGGCACCGGGUAUGCUGCCUCUCAGCGUGUGAGUGCCUGGCCUCCAGGUCGGGGCUCCCGCCCUCCUGCAACAACCCAGGACACCCACGCCUCACCCCUCGGUGCCCGGGCCCAGCUCGUGCCCCUCCGUCUGCCUCCCCACGGCUGGCAGAGGGCAGGCUGCAUGCAGUGGCGGCUGCUGGGCCCUGCCCAGCCCCAGGACUCUGCGCGACAUCAAUACUGGCUAUUUUCUCUUCUCGCCGUAGUGCCGUUGGUUUCACAUGAUUGCACUUUUGUGGGUCACAAGGUGAUACAUACACGUAUUACUUGGUCACUGGAUGCAGAAGUACCCAUUCAUCACACCUGCCUCAUAGCCCCCUCCCUGCUGUACUGAUAGGAUUUAGUUAUGUUUAGGACAUUGCAGAUCUUCUAGAGGUUCUCCCCCAAAUCAGGUCGACGUGUGCUCUCCUCCUGAGCUCCCACCCAAGCAUCUCCAGUGCUCAUGGAUCAUGUGUCCCCCACCUCCACCCCCCAGGUUUGGGCCUGUUGCUGGCAAAGAGUCAGGAAGGUCACUGAAUUAGGGAACAUUUUCUGCACCUUCUGGUUUUACUUUAGCAGUUAUCAUUCCAUAGACUAGCCUCCCAGAGCAGCAAAAUGCCUGUCUGAGCCCAGGUGGCAGGAGCUUCUGGGACCUGGGCACGUGCAGGGCUGUGCCCCUGCCGUCUCCUCCUCCUCCAUGUGCCUGAGACUCGGGGCAGGGGGUGGUGGCAACCUCCUCGCCAGCUCUCUGGUCCUUUAGUUAAAUGACACCUUCAGAGUGUUUUUGUUUUGUUUUCAGAGGGCCUGUCCGGUUGUGUUAGGAAGGGUUGAGUGGCCUGAUUCCAGGGGCUGGCUGGUGCCAGCUCCUGGGGGCAGACUGACCAUAAGUGGUUGUCCCUGUGCAUCCUUUGAUUACUCUCAUGCUGCAUUUACUGUUUACAUUUGUUUUAUUGUACAUAGGUUUGUAAACAUUAUUGCCUAAGAUAUUUGUAUAUAACUUGGGCUUUGUAGCUUUUAUUUAUUCAGAACUCAUAUGGCAUGUUAAAGACUUAUGAUGGUGUCCUACUCUGGGCAGCUGUGUAGGAUCAUCACGUGGUUAAAAAAAAAUACUCCCCCUCAAAAAAAUCUUUUAAUGUGGAAACAAUAAAUUUCACAGAAAAAAAAGAAAAA